UGUUGUGUGGGGAAGCCGGAGUAUCCGGAGGAAAGCCAACCUGUCCGGUAUGGUAACCACCAACAAAUCUUACAUUCUGCCGGGGACGUGGGUUGAACCUGGGUCGCUAAGGUAACAAGCACGUGUACCAACCACUGUGAUAGCCGGACAGCCUCCACAAUAUACAUCUUCAUUUAAAUAUGCCAAAGAAAGGGAAAAAAGGUGGUAAAAAGGGGAAAAAGAAAGGAGGGAAGAAGAAAGCGAAGGCACCAGCAAAUGCUGGGGACAUAAUUCAGAGAUUAUUGAAAUGUUACGAAAGGAAUUGUCACUUGACAGAAUCACGUGUCUGCCCAAGAAUAGUGGCAGCUUUAAAGGGAUGUCUGGAAAAUCAAGGAAUUCUUUCUCAGUUCAUCUUUGAGCCAGUUGCUGUGGAGAAGGAGGGGGACAUCCCAGUCUUGAUAGAACCAUUCCUGGCUGCGCUGAGACAGGAGCGUUACACGUUCAUCAGGGACAUGUACCUCUGGAAAUACCCACUGUCUUAUGAAAACACGGCUACUCUAGCUUUGUUGCUAGAGAAACCCAUCUACCCGAUCAGAAUGCUGGAAGUCAUGGACUGUCUCAUAGAACCAUACGCUGUUGAGCGCCUCUCUAGGUCCUUCAAGUUCGCCCUUAACCUGACAACAAUCAACCUUGACUAUAACGAAUUCAGCGACGAAGGUUGUAGGAAUCUUGUAAUAGGGCUUGAAGGGAACACGACCAUGCUGUCGGUCAGCCUGUGCUAUUGUGGACUGGGGGUGGCUAGUGGCACUGUCCUGGGGAAAAUGAUAUCGACUACAGCGGUUAGAGAGCUGUACAUUGAUGGUAAUGACCUUGAGUGUGAGGGGGCAAUGGAGAUCAUUAAGCUCUGUGUGGAGCAGGCCGAGAGAGAGGCACUGAUGAGGGCAGAGGAGGCCAAGAAGAAACUGGAGGAGGAGGAGGCGCUCAAGACAGCAGUUAACAUAUAUGGUCAGGGUAUGUCAUCAGCCAAGGAAAACAAGCUCCGAUACCCGGUCGCUGACAGCAGUGGAGGGGAGCCAGCGAAAUCCGAUACUGACGCAGAUAAGGAGGAAAAGGGGGGAAAAGGAAAAAAGAAAAAGAAAGGAAAAAAGAAGAGGAAAAAGAAGGAGCCCCCGCAACCGCCUAGGGUUGGUCCGUGGAUUCACAAGCUGCAUAUUGCUGAUAAUGGAAUUGACAACCUCGCAUUUGGUGCUAAAUAUGCUCCCGUUAUAUGCAUGAGGCUGUUCAAAAAACUGUUAAUGCACAGUGACUGUGUUGAGGAGCUUGACCUUGAGGACAACUGGAUAGGUGACCUGGCUGGUAGAGAAAUACUGGAGGCAUUGGAGCAUAGGAAGGAAGAGAAAAUGGGCGGAGUAAAGAUCAGAACCACCCAUAACCUCAGCGCAGACGUCUUCAACAGCAUUCUGAAGCUGGGAUCAGGGCUGAAGAAAAAGAAGAAGAAAGGGAAGAAGAAGAAGAAGAAGAAAUAGAGAUAUCCCCAAAUCCAAAAGAUGGAUUGUUCUCAUAGAUAACAGUCAAGUCAUGUGAACAACACUUCGGCAUUUUAAGGACUACUUGUGCUAUGAUAAGUGAUACAGCCAAAUGUUUCUUAAAGGUCUAGCUUUUGGCAGCAAAUCGAACUUUUAAGCCAGGCUCUGAAAACGGGGCCAAUGCAUGUGAGUAAACCAGGAAGCAAAGUCUAAUCAGGGACGACACUUUCCACUUGUGCUUGAUUUUCAAAUUGAAGAAACAUCCUUUAAACCAAAAAUUCCAUAACAGUGUUGUCCCUGAUAAGUCUGUGCACACUAAACAGGCUAAUCUUGGACGACACUUGAGGUACAUGUAUGGAUCUUAGUUCUUCCAGAGCUCCGCGCACGUCCUGUGAUAAAUAAACUUCAUUGCUUGUGAUAUUUAGUUUCAUACUGUGAUAUAUGCACCAUACAAAAGUUAUAUAGCACCAAGGUGUUUUUUCUCCUUCAAUAUUCUUAAGUAUAAAAUAUUUCUUAUAAUUUUUUAUUAAAACAUGACUUUUGAACUCAAAUACAUUUUUUCUAGCCGAUAUUCCAAUUCAAAAUUAUCAUUUUAAUGCUGUAAUAUAAGAAAAGGAAAACAUGUUUUGGUGCUAUUUAACUUUUGCUGUUUGUAACAUUGUCUGUAAAUGUUUUUUGUUUCUUUUCUCCUAUGUAUAUGAGUCGUGUCUGAGAAAACUGGGCAUAAUGUAUGUGCAUAACGUGUCGUCCCAGAUUAGCCUGUGCAGUCUGCACAGGCUUAUCAGGGACGACACUUUCCGCUUUUAUGACAUUUUUCGUUAAAAUGAAGUCUUUUCUUAGCAAAAAUCCAAUUUAGACGGAAAGUGUCGUCCCUGAUUAGCCUGUACAGACUGCACAGGCUAAUCUGGGACGACACUUUACGCACAUGCUUUAUGCCCAGUUUUCUCAGAACACGACUUGUAUAUAUUUACAUUAAUCAUGAGUAUGAUGUCUGUAAGAUUGAUCAGAGAAUCUCUAGGUCUGCAUUUACUCAGUUUUCAAGUUGCCUGUCUACUCUACAUGUUGCCUGUCUACUCUACAUGUUGCCUGUCUACUCUACAUGUUGCCUGUCUACUCUACAUGUUGCCUAUCUACUCUACAUGUUGCCUGUCUACUCUACAUGUUGCCUGUCUACUCUACAUGUUGCCUAUCUACUCUACAUGUUGCCUGUCUACUCUACAUGUUGCCUAUCUACUCUACAUGUUGCCUGUCUACUCUACAUGUUGCCUAUCUACUCUACAUGUUGCCUGUCUACUCUACAUGUUGCCUGUCUACUCUACAUGUUGC